GAUUUUUUUUUGUUUGGUUUAAGUACAAUAAAGUCUUGUCCUGUUUUUGUGAACAAUGUCUUCCUUAUUAUUUUUUAAAACUUUUACAUUAGGUUCCAUAUCCUCUAUUACAAUGUAUGGACCAUUAUAAACUGGAUUUAAUUUUGUUACACUUUCAUUUUUUAUUAAAAUUUUAUCUCUUUUUUAUAAGUAAUUGGGUGUACUGAUUUAUCAUACAGUUCUUUGCGAAUAAUUUUACUUUGAAUAAGAUUUUCUUUCGCUUCCUUACAAGCUAAUUGUAACCUAUACUUAAGUUCUAGGUAAUAAUUAUCUGGGUUAUACAAAGGUUCAACCUCACAGACAAUUCGGCAAGGCAUAUGACUCCUUUUACCAAAAACCAAUUCAUAAGGCGUGUACUUGGUGAUAGAAUGUACGGUAUUGUUAUAGGUGAAACACCAAAAGUCAAAACGGUAACCAAUGACUCCAAGCUUCUGGGUGCUUUUCGCUCUGUAUGCGCAGAUAAGCGCCCAGGUGCUUGUGUGAGUUUUCUAAAGAACCUACAGUUUGAUGAUGAUAAGCUGUUAACGACUAUUUAUUACUGCAUAAACCACAAUACAGUGAAUGAUAUACUUACAGCUAAGGUUGUCGCAUAUAACUAUAACUAGGGUCUCCCCCGCAAUUUAUUACUAUUUUUUAAUAAAUCGAAACAUAAAAUACAACAGCUCUUGGAAUUAAAAGAUAGUAAGGUACAGCGGGGCAUGUGUGACGGCAUUGGAAUUUGCUCUAUCAAUAUUUAAGAUACCUGAUGUCAUAGAGUAUUACCUAGUGCCUAUUGUAUUUGUCGUGCAACAAGUUUAUAACUAACACUAGAUUCGAGUCAUCGUUUAGUUAGUUGCCUACAUUAUAUGGGUAUUGUGGUGGAGCCAGCCCGGAGCCUGCGCCGUCUACCAGUGAUAACCGUUAUCAGUCAUCUCGCAUUCUGAUUCGGCUUGUGGUGGUGCCGUGCCUAGGUACAAACAUGCGGGUAAAUAACCGCUGAUAACGUGCUCUGCAAUCUCUUUAUUUCAAUAUUAGCUAAUAUUUUUCCUCAUUCUAAGUACCACUUUCUGCCAUUAACUUUUCGACUGGGAUUGCUAAUUGCGAAUUUAAUAAGUCCGGGCGUGUCUCUGCUCACUGGUGCCACCAGAAACAAAUUUGAAGUGAUCUCCGGUGGAUUGUAUCGCCCUCGCAAUAAGGUUUAUGCCAGGGUUGCAGACGGCAGCGCAGGGCGCGGCGGUGACGCCAUCGCGAGGGCGGCCGGCGGGGGCGCGCCCGGCGCCGCGCCGUGCUCGUGAACUAUGACCUACGCAGGUGCAGCUGCGUCCCUCCCCGGCGCCGGCGGGCGCUGGCGCAGCAUGCGCUGCGGGCGCGCGCGCCUCGCGCCCCUCGCCGCGCUCUCCGCGCUCACCGCCCUGCUGCUGCUGCUGCCGCUGCCGCCACCCCUCCUGCCCGCGCCUCCCACGGCACGGCCUCAAGGCUCCUCGACUCCCGUCACCGUGCACGAAGCGCUGCCGACUCUGCCGCCCGAAGGGUCCGGCGACGACGACGAAGCGCUCCCCUCGGGCGCCGUGCGCACGCGCGACCGCUACGUGCCGGGGCACGCGCGCGCGCACCCCGAGCUGUGCGCGGCGCGCGGCGCGGGCACGCGCCUCGUCGUGCUCGUGCCCUCCGCGCCCGCGCACGCGCGCCAGCGGCAGGCCGUGCGCCUCACGUGGGGGCACGCGGGCCGCCGCGCCGACGUCGCGCUGGCGUUCGUGCUGGGCGCCCCGCCGCCCGAGCUGCGCGCCGCCCUGGACCGCGAGGACGCGCUCUACGGCGACAUCAUCGAGGGCCGCCACGUCGACAGCUACGGGAACCUGACGCUCAAGACGCUGUCGAUGCUGGAGUGGUUCGCGACGCACUGCCCGCUGGCGGCGCGGCUGCUGAAGGCGGACGACGACACGUUCGUGAACGUGGAGGGCGUGCUGCGGUUCGCGGAGGCGCCGGCGCGCCGCGGCGCCGCGCGCGCCGUGUGGGGCAAGGUGUGGCGCGCCGGGCGGCCGGUGCGCAACGCCAGCUCCAAGUUCUUCGUGCCGGCGGAGGAGUUCCCGGGCGCGGUGUACCCGGCGUACGCGAACGGGCCGGCGUACCUGGUGGCGGGCGGGGCGGCGGGCGCGCUGCUGCGCGCGGCGCUGGGCUCGCGCUGGCUGCGCAUGGAGGACGUGCUGGUGACGGGCGUGGCGGCGGAGCGCGCGCGCGUGCGGCGCGCGGACGCGCCGGCGUUCCUGCGGCGACGCAAGGACGUGGCGCACGCGUGCGCGCUGCGCGCGGCGCUGGCUGUGCACGAGGUCUCGUUCGCCGACCAGUUCGACCUGUGGCGCAAGCUGCACGACCCCCUCGUCAAGUGCCCUCCUUAGUGCGUUUUCACAUUAUCCGAUCCGAUAUCCGUUGUAGGAACGAUAUCCCAUACAUUACAGGCGCCAUCUUAGAUUUUUUCCAUUGAAAUCCUUCCGACAUCCGACAUCGGAUCGGAUAAUGUGUGAAAACGGACUUCCUCUCCUUAGAUAGGUAUCGCCUGUUAAUAAGCCUAUAGUUUUGUAAAAUAAGGCUCGUGCACCGUUUGAAGAGUGAAACAUUCAAUCGAUCUGGAUAAUUUGUCAUCUGAUGACAGUAGAAAAGCCUGAAGACUUUGUAAUAUUUUUUCAUGAGCCAACAAAACACAGCUCAGUGGAACCACAAUGAGUGGAACCACUAGAACCAGAGGUGAGCGAGCGUGCGAGAUGGUUUUGUACUAAUAUGCGUAUUUGUUUAAUACGGUUGUUUAUAUGAAAUGAAUGAAAUCGAAUAAUGUGUGACUGUGUGAUUAAUGUGUUCAGUCAGGUAUACACCGUAUACAUAUUCGUCAACACAGUGUUACUUACUCGAGCAUUGUUAAUGUCGCCAGCGCCACAAGUGCCAUAACUUAAUUGUGUCGCUUAACUUCAAACUCGGUAAAUCCAUUCUGCUUCAACCUUAACAUUAGUUGAUUAUGUAUAAAAAUAUAUAUAAUCUGAAAAAUAAUCAACCUUAUAGCAGAAUGGAUUUACCCGAGUUUGAAGUUAAGCGACACAAUUAUAACUAAGGUACCUAGGUUAAUAAUAAAUAAAAUAUAAAUAAAUUAAUAAGUAUUUACCGAUAUCUUAUUCAAAUACUUCAAUUAUUCUUCCUCCUACCCUUAUCCCACGCUAUGUGGGGUCGGUACAACACGUCUUCCUCUUCCAUUCUCCUCUAUCUUUCGUCAUCUCAACACUCACAUCUUUCUUCCUCAUAUCCACUUUCACACAAUCCAUCCAUCGUUGUUUCAGUUUACCUCUCCCUCUCAUAACAUUCAUCUCCAACAUUCUUUUGCCUAUAUGACACUCAUUCCUCCUCAUUACAUGACCGUACCACGCCAACC